AUGCAACCAGAACGGAAUUGUUUCAAUCAAUCACAAAUGUCGUAUGAAAAAUCCUCUCCAUCCUCAUCAUCAUCAUUAUUAAUUCAUAAAUCAUCAUCGUCAUCAUCAUCAGCGGUGCAUUGUAACACUGAAACUAUUCAUUGUAAUAAGAACAAAUUGACAGGCACAACAUCAUCGAUGUCAGCGUGUUCUCAUUCAAAUCAAGCGAAUCAUCACAACAAUUCAAAUCAUCCGACACCAAAGCGGGAAUUGAAUAGUUCUACUACUGCUACUGCUACUACUACUACCGCUGAUGCUACUGCUGCCGGUCCUUCAUUUCUGCAUGCAUAUUUAAUGAAAACAAGAGAA